UUGCUGAGUGGGCCAAUAAAACAAGGGGGGAUCAACAUUCCAUUAAACAUUCCUCUCGCGGGACUGUCCGGCCUGAAGCAUCGCGAAGUUUCCUGCUGUUUUGUAUUUUGGUGGCAGCAGGGCAGCCAGUUUCAGCCCGAGGAGGCAAGUCCAAGAAAGGUGGAGACUCCUGGUUAACUUCCUGCACAAUAAUCUUGUGGCACCACCAAGAGAGAAGUCGGGAGGCUGGCGGUGCCGCUGCUGCUGCUGCUGGUGGGGCAAGGACGAAUGGAUAUACGGCGUACUUGGCUUCUUUAUCGGCAGUGAAUCGACAAAAACACUUUGUGGUUGAUCAUACACAUCUACCUGGCUAGUCGCUAGCCAUCAGCGAGGCGGCUGGAUAAGAGAUUCCCAACGUUUGAUAGCGAGGCGUUGCGAAGGACGGGAAUGGAGGUUGUGGUGGAGUACGAGUAUGAGGCGCUCCAUGAUGACGAGCUGACCCUUCGACUAGGCGACAUCAUCAAGAACGUGCGGUACAUAGAGGAGGAUGGCUGGAUGGAGGGAGACCUCAACGGGAAAAGGGGGCUUUUCCCCGACAACUUCGUGAAGGAAUUGAAGAAGGAAUCCAAAGAAGUCAAGGAAACAAAGAAUGAGCCAAAAGAGGAGACCUCUCAGGCUCCGAGGAGAGAGAAGAGUGCAGGGAACGUGGCCAACCUGGUUCAGAGGAUGAGCACUAUCGGCAUCCCGACUGGUGGCUUCCUUCCUCAGCCUCCAGCAGCUGCGAAGAAGCCUAAGAAGAGACAGUGCAAGGUGCUGUUUGAGUAUCAGCCACAGAAUGAAGAUGAACUGGGGAUGAAAGUCGGAGACAUCAUAGACAUCACUGAAGAGGUUGAAGAGGGCUGGUGGAGCGGCACCUUGAACGGCAAGUCCGGACUGUUCCCUUCCAACUUCGUCAAAGAGCUGGACGCCAUGGGAGAAGACGGAGAGACCAGUGACACCAUAGCAGAUGAGACCGAUGGAAGUGGAAUAGAAAGCACUACCACCCCCACAUCGCCUCAGCCCGCCUCAGGGAACGGAGUUAUUGCUCAGCCCAAGAAGAUUCGAGGUGUUGGAUUUGGAGAUAUUUUCAGGGAAGGAUCGGUCAAACUAAAAGUCCGCCUGCCCAGCCCCGAAAAAGAGGAGAAGAAGGACAAACCAGCCCCAUCAUUACCAUCUGCUGCAAAGCCCGCCCUUCCCAACAUGACAGACUUGCCGAAAGCAGACGGAGACAGCAAAGCCAAAGGUGCCAAUGUUUCGGCUUCCUCAGCUAAAGAGUGCUGUAGGGUCACGUUUGCUUUUGAGGCUACGAAUGAAGACGAGCUGAGCCUGAAAGAGGGUGAUAUCAUCCACAUCCUGAGCAAGGACACAGGAGAGCCUGGCUGGUGGCGAGGGGAGAUCAAUGGGAAAGAAGGCGUCUUUCCUGACAACUUUGUGGUCAUGGUGUCUGACACAGAGAAAGAGUCUCUCACGUCAAGAGGGUCAGUGAAACCGUCGCCCAAGCAGGAGUCAGAGGAGAAGCCAAAGAAGCCACCUCCACCAUCAAAAAGCAUAGCUCUCAAACCGGAGGUUCCCAGUGCCGACAAGAAGCCUCAUCCCAUCAGGCCAGAGGACAGAGUUGACAAGCCUACGCCAGAUCACAAACCAUCCAAGCCUGCAGCACCAGUGGUCCCACCCAAGAAGCCGAUCCCCCCUCCAGGGAAAGGCAAACAGGGAGCCAUCCCACCGAAGAGGCCCGACAAGCCUCUUCCCUCGCCAAACCUCAAGCACAAUGGAGAGGUGCCUUCCACACGACCAAAGUCCGACUUUGAGCCAUUAUUGCCCACCAAACCCAAAACACUGUCUGGAGACUGGGGCGAGAAGUCCUCGGAUAUGGAUCUGAUGAGUUUUGAUGACUUGUCGUCUACCUCGGAGAAGCUCUCUCACCCCACCGCUAACAGACCAAAGAUGCCUGGCAGGAGGCUGCCUGCCCAGUUUGGUGGAGGACAUUCGCCCAACAAGGAAGUGAGUGUGGAAAAAUCCUUCAAGAUCGAUGAAGAGGAUGCAGCCAAACCAAAGCUAGCAGAAACCAGAAAGCCUUCCACAAACACCUUACCCCAGUCAGUGUCUCUCCAAAAGCCCACCGUGGCCAGCACCGAGACCAAGCCGAGCCCUGCAGCAGCCCCGAGCUCGAACAGCGUCUCUCAGAGCAGCAGGGCCCGGCUGGAGCCCGAGGAGCCGAGCUCCCAGCUGGACGAGCUGAGGAGCCAGAUGAAGGAGCUGCUGCUGUCUGUGGAGCUGCUCAAGUCCCAGCAAAUGAAAGAGAUAGCGGAGCUACGACAUGAGCUGGAUGAGGAGAGGCUAAAGCGUGAGACUCUGCAGAUGGAGAUAGAAAAACUAAAGCGGACCGCCCACUCGACGUGAAGCUGGUGCUGCGACGAAUGGCAAGCCUCGAGGUCAGCUGCUGCCCUGUCGACCAACCAGAGAGCAGGAGGAGGGCGGCUGCGGACGGAUAGUUGAACGGCUGGAGAGAGGGUGGGGAAUCAGAUGAACCACCUCGAGCACAAUCCUUUGUCAGUGAUCUACAAGAAUAAAACUCUCCCCAUAUUUGUAAAAUUUAUAUUUUGCACAUAUAUUUUUUUUUUCAAGCUAGAUGUAAUUAAGUUACAGAUGUAUAUGUUUCUUUUUUUUUUAUUAUUUCUUUAUUUUGCCAACAUAAGAAAACUGAGGCCUUACUUCAAACUACUGCGCUGGACUUGUAACUCUGCCGCUCACGCUCUCUCCCCUUCACUCCGGCGUUCCUCGAACUCCUCAGGGAGGACGUUCACUCUCAGUACUACUGACUUUGUAUAAAGCAGGGGGCGCUUGUUUUCCUUAUCUAAUUUUCUUUCUCAUAUUUUUUUUUUUUUUAUGAUUCAGAAAUAGUUGAUUUUAAAAAAGUAAAAUAAUGUCUGAUUUCAUUUAACAACUUUGGAUCCUCACAGCAGAUGAUUUCUGUCUUUCUCACACGGCGCCUGCCAGCAGUGCUUCACUCUGCGGCGGCAGUGCUUCGGAGCUCUGCUUUUUCAUUUCUCUUUGUCUUUUAUAUGUUUUCUAGCAUUCCUAUCCAGGGUAACACUACCGUGCCUGUUUAAAAAAAAACAAAAUUCUAUUCUAUGUUUGUAAUGGGAGCUUACAUUUACCAUGAUGGUGUCUGGAAAAUCUACAGCACGAUAUUGUAUAUCAAUGUUUUUUUAAGUCUACUGACAUGCCUAGUCAAAUACUAUAUAGAGGGCCUCUCCUGUGCUGGUCUCUUCUAUUUUUGUCAGACUGUUUCACCCUCUGGGAAUGUUCUCAGAACUUUAGCCAGAAAGUCUUUAGGUAGUUCAAAAACCCGGAGAAGAGAAAGGAAGGAGUCGUUGCAUACUUUGAUUAACAAGGUUGCUGACAAACCCGUUGGCAUGUUUAUGACAAAGGCAGCCUCGUUGCAGUCACCAUCAUCCAUCUAAUCCCUGUCACGAUUUCAUUCUACCUCUUCCUUUCUUUUCUCCCAUCCCUCUUUGGUUCAGAGCGAAACCAUACGAUCUGAGAGCAGCCUUGUCGUUCACCUCUGUAAAGCAUUAUACACGAGCCUGCACAGCACUCAUCAGUUGUCCCGUCAUCAUUAUCUUUACGUGCGUCUGCCUGCCUUCUUAUCCACAUUCCAAGUACACAAGUUAAGCUAACUGGAAGCACACAGUAGAGCAUAGAAAUAAUAAUGAAGCAAACAGUUAAAGCCCCUCUGUGGAGAUUUUUUUCUUAUGUGAUCGUAAAAUCCUUGAAAUGAGUCUCUUGGUAGACGUUUGGAUCGAUCCCGCUGCCAAUUGGUGCAAUGUGGUGCCUGACAAAAUGUCUUCGUAGCCGUGCUAGCAUCACAGCUCUAGAGACGGCAGUCAGUAUCAGCUGGUCUGUCAGUUGAUUGGUCGUUUCACUGCUUUGGUCCAGACUGAAAUACGUCGAUAAAUACUUGAUGGAUUUCCAUGAACUUUGGUGCAGACAUUCAUGGUCCCCCCCCAGAGGAUGAACGCUAAUGACCGUGAUUCUUCGUGUAACACCACGAACAGGUCAAAGUUAUGAAUUAUCCAGUGAAUUAUCUCAGUAUUUAACAGAUGCACUGGCCCAAACUUUGGUCCUGACAUUUAUCAUUUAUCAGAUAUCAGAAUUUUAGAGUAAUUUUAACACGGUGUUUCAUUGUCGUCUCUGGUUGAAAGCUUCACCUCUGACUUCACUCCACUGGGUCACCACACCCAACAGUGAUGUCACGGUGUACUCACGCUCCCUGGAGUACACUUGUACAUCAUUCUAGCAAAGGAGUUCAGCAGCAACGAUGAGUUUGUUUUGUUUUUUUUUAAAGCAUGGACUAAAUGAUUAUUUCUCAAAUGAUUCCUUUUUUUCUCCCUCAACAGUUGUGACCAAGAUCAGCUCUUAAAAAUGAACUUGUAAGUGGCUUUGCUCACACACAGGGUUGCUUACUGUGCAUUGCUGGUUUUCUCUCUCAGCACAGAACUACAGCUACACUUCAGGAUGCUAAUCACUUCUUGGGAUUAUUGUGGCGCCUCGCUCGCUGCGAGCAGGGUUCAGAGCUGCAGAAACGUAGGGCACAGUUGAACUAAUGCCGUGUAGCCCUGAGCUCCGAGCGUACAGCGUGAAGUUCUGUGUUGAUAACCAGCUCGUCUUGGUGUUGAGAUGCUUUUUGAGAAACCGAGAGCAGUACUGUACCAAGCCUCUAACCCCCUCUGGCCUCAGUAUGGGCUGGAGAGAUGGCUUAACCCUGACAAUUGGCCACAAUAUCGACAGCAGAUUUCAGUUCCAAGUUCAAAUGCUCUGUAACUGUUUCACAGCUACUACUGUGUACCACAAAUACUGGUUACUGUUAAUGCUUUUUUGGUUUGUUUGUUUGUUUGUUUUUAAAAAAAUAUAUAUAUAUAUCCUUAUAGAUAUCUCACAAAUGUCUUAAAGAAGCGUUACUCUACUUUUAAAUCAUCCUCAGGCUUGAUUCCAUGUGUCCGAUGUGUGUGUGCAUGCUUUUGCUGGUGUCUGCUCACAAACGUUGGAGUGUAUCAGCGUCCGUGAUGCUAAGUUCUGGACUCCAGAGUGCUUUGACCAAGUUGAUACUGUAUAAUCUGACCUUAAUGAGCAUGGCACUCAUGCAAUAUGUCGAUGCCUUUUUUUUUUUUUUAAGCACACAACUCUUUAUCAAUAUGGCUGGGCAAUGAAAUAAUUACAAUGUGGGGAAAGGGGGGGACCGGGGGGGAGGUUUGGGUGACAGCUCUUUAUGUAAUAUAUGUAAUGCAGCUUAACUUCCAAGUAUUGUACAUUCCAGAGUUUGACACCGAGAAGAAAAGAAAUCUGUGCACAUUUAUAACAUAUUUUCAAGUGAUUUUGUUUACAAGAGCUGUAUCCUUGCAUGAGCUGAGAUUCUUUCCAAAAAUGAAUAAAUAUCUUUAUUUAC